GGUUAAAAGAUGAUGGCGGAGGCAAUGAGCGAGCUUCGUCCGCUGUAUAAGAAGCUGCUGCGUCUGGCGCAGAGUCUACCGGAGCCCAAACGCCAGUCUUCUAUCGACCAGAUCCGUCGAGAUUUCCGCAGCCACGGAGACCCGACGGACCCCAAAGAGGUGUCGGCACUCAUCCAGCGCGCGCAGUCGUCGCUUAGUUACUUAAAGAUCGUCACACCCCGCGCCGAAUCGAAUACAGGCGUGCAGCGCUACAUCUAUCGCAACGGACAACGCGUGAACGCCGCCGAAUUCGAGGAAAAGGGCGUGGAGAACGCACGCUGGAAGAUGCAAGACAUGGAGGGCGGUCUCAAGCGCCACCACCAGCUUCUACAGCGUCAAUACUUCAUGAACCGCAAGAGCGGCCCACCUCGCCCGAUUUUCUAGACACAAAAGAACCAGCUCCACACCACAA